UGCAUUCCCUUCUUCCAUGUCCUGAUGGUGAGGAGCUCAGGAGAAGGGGCAUCAGACUGGCAGCGCCCGGCAUUGGACUUCUUCUGAUACAUUGUUGCACUAUGUGGAUGGACUGAUACAAUAUUUCCAGGAGUUAUUGAGAGUCGUGUGGCCCCUGGAUCUGGCCCCCAGCUGUUGCCAUCUGUCUGGACUGAAGAUGAGGACCCUCCUGACCCUCUCCCUGCUGCUCAUCUCCAAGGUGGCUGCGGGGGACACGUGUCAGAGCGCUCGGUAUACACAGGCCGGGGGGUGCUGCUCCCUCUGCCCCCCGGGUUACGGGGUGUCCGUCCCCUGUGGAGAAUCGGAUACGGUGUGCGAGCCGUGCAGAAAAAAUUCCACCUUCUCUGAUGUGUCCAGUGCCACUGCGGGGUGCCAGCCCUGCUCCAGCUGCCAGGCUGCCAUGCAGUCAGUGCACUCCACCUGCACCCCCACACAAGACACCGCCUGCCACUGUCCUCACGGCCACUACCUCAGUGACGGCGCCUGCCUCGCCUGCCAGGUGUGCUCCAAAGGCCAUGGCGCCAAGACGCCCUGCAGCCGCACCGAGAACACGGAGUGCCAGCUCUGCCCGCCGGGCUCCUACUCCGAGGUGAAGAGCAGCGUGUCCCCCUGCCUGCCCUGCCGGACCCAGUGCCUGGAGAGCGAGGUCCAGAUCGGGGACUGCACGCCGCACCACGACUUCCUCUGUAUGAAUAAAGAUGUGCCGAUUCUGAAACGGAAGGAUGAUAACAGUACGAUGUUUACAUCACUGGAAGACAAUAAAGAUCUAUCUAUUAUGACGCGCACAGAUGGCAAUGGACACACAGAGGAGAACACGACGAUGUCCGGCUCCCCUGAGUUCAUCUCUCCAGAGGACCAUAGUAAAAACAUUAUCCCUGUCUACUGCUCCAUCUUGGCUGCUGUGGUUGUUGGGCUCAUAGGAUAUGUUGCCUUUAAGUGCUGGGUCACUUGCAAGCAGAAGAAACUCUUGGCCAAGCAAAGGGCAGGAGAACUAGCGGCAUCCGGUGAGGGCGAGAAGCUUCAUAGCGACAGUGGAGUUUUCCUAGACACGCACAGCCUACAGGAACAGAACCAACUGAACAAAGCCAAAUUGGAGCCAAAGCUUUACAUCAACCUCCCGCCGCACAAACAAGAAGAAGCGGAGCGUCUCUUGACUGACACCAGCCGCGGGAAGGACUGGCAACGACUGGCUAGCUUGCUGGGUUAUGAAGAAGACACGAUAGAUACUUUCGGUAGAGGAGAAGAUCCAGUUCAUACUCUUCUUACUGACUGGUCAUCCAAGGACAGCUCCACGCUGGAAGUGUUAUGUGCAGCCUUGGUCAACAUGGAGCGGGCCGACGUGGUGGAGACCCUGAACAGCACAGCUGAUGCCAGCUCUGUGGUGUAACCCUCAUCGUUCUUGUCCAGAGAGGACUGGAGAUUUGAUACCAAACAUAUUAGGUGGACAUUUUUAAACACAUAUGGUGAAUUUUUCACA